GCGUACAUGCGUACAUGUAGGGUCUACCUUUUUCUACACUGUACAUGAGUCAGCACUAAUGCGUUUGACGUAGUAUCCAGCUCGCAUUAGCGAACAAAUUUUUAUUAACAUUGUAGAUCUAUCACCUUUCACCUGAAUUUCAAUCAAAUCGAAUGGGACAUCGAGAACCUGCCACUUACGCAUCUUUCAGGAUUUCAGCAAGGACUUCUACUCAUCUUCAUUUUGUAAUGAUGACCAUGAAACUGAAAUUUAAUUUUUCUUCUUAUGUUUCAUGACUCAAAGUUCAAUUUUCCAUUUAUAGAUGUUAAGUCUAAAGAACUAAAAAUAUACUACAUGUAGAUGUACAUGUGUUUUGCACAAUGCAACUUUGAUGCGUGUCAGUUUUAAUUUAUCUUAAGAUUCUCCAAUUUCUUGCAUUAGUUAUUUUCCAAUAGAUUUACAAUUUGUGCAAAGAAAAUCGUUGUGCAACAGACUUGUUGUCACAGAUUAUCAAUAUCAUAAUGUGUUACACAUGUCAUUCAACAGAACCUUUGCAUUAUGUUUGUACUGUAUGUCCACUAAGUGUUUAUAAUACUCGAUGUAAAUUUUGGUGUAUGGUAUUGAAAUUAGAAGCUUAUGGAUGGUAUUGAUGAUUUCUGUCAACUUAUUAAUUUACAAUUUAUUCAUGCAUUUCAGAUUGGAUGUCUGAAUUUCAGGCCUGAAGAGUUAUUGCUGCCAGCUCUUUCUUACUACUGUGAUCCAUUAUGGCUUUCUCAGAUACUCUACAUCGAUUCUCAGAUGACGAUAUUAUAAGAGCCCUUGGGUAUGCUUCUGACAAACUUGGAUUUCCAGAUGGUUUCAGGACUGAACAGUCAACUGCGCUGAAAUCUUACUUACGUGGACAUGAUUUGUUUGUGAGCCUCCCAACAGGGUUUGGUAAGAGUGUGAUAUUUCAGGCUGCACCGCUCUGUGUCGACUUUCUACGCAGACUUCACCUGCCACAACAAGAUGCCAGUAAGAAGGCCAUUGCUCUCAUUGUCAUGCCUUUGAGAUCAUUAAUAUCAGAUCAAAUGAGCAGGGCUGGAGAAUUGAAUAUUGAUGCUGCAGACCUAACCGGAGGUAUCAAUGACUCUAUUCGUGAGGGCCUUUCUUCUUCCAAGUACUCGCUCCUUUUUGCAAGUCCCGAGGGAUUGUUGGGAGAUGAUGGUCAUGAGCUGUUCAGGAUACCAGCCUUUAGAGAGCAGCUUUGCGGACUAUUUAUCGAUGAAAGUCACUGUGUCUCCAAAUGGGGAUGCUCAUCAAAGGACACAAAGGCAUUUCGAGCUGCAUAUGGCAAACUAGGAGAAGUGAGGGCCAGAUUCCAUUCUGCUAUUCCUACUGUUGCCUUGACUGCCACAGCCACCAAAGAGAUACGACGGGAUGUUUCCGAUAAUUUAGGACUGAGAAACUUUGUCUUGAUAGACCGAUCUCCAGAGAGGCAGAACAUCAAGCACAUUGUGAUGAAAUCUAAAACAAAGAAUCUCGAUCAUCUUUUCAAGUGGAUGGCCGAUGACAUCAUAAAAUAUGGAGUGGCUACAGAGCGGACAAUAAUCUAUUGCAGUUCGCGCAAGAUUGUCAGUGAAUUGUACUCCACGUUCCUACACUACCUUCCCAAAACUUGUCAGAAACAUGUGAAUAUGUUCCAUACAAACACCGAGAGAGACGUACAGGAGACAAUUGUCAACAGCUUUGCAGAUGCAGAAGGGGACAUAAGAUUGUUAAUAGCAACAAUUGCUUACGGCAUGGGAGUUGACUGCAAGGGACUGUCUCAAACUAUUAUUUUUGGCCGCACUGUAAACAUGGAAGACUACAUGCAAAUGAGUGGAAGGAUUGGGAGAGACAACAGGCCCAGCAUUGCAAUUUCUUUGUUGUAUCCUGGCGAUAGUGUAGGAAGGAGCACUUCACAGAGUAUGAGUGACUUCUUGAAAGGAAUUCGUUGUCGCAGGGAGAUCAUAAGGGAGGUGUUUGGAACUCCACAUGGACCAGAUACUCCCAUAGACGCCCAUGACUGCUGCGAUGUUUGCACCAAUGCCUGCAAAUGCAACGGUGAUACUUGUAGUGCUAAGGCAACAAACCUUGAAAGGGGCUUGCAACAUGUAUUAGGAUGUCAAGGGCCAACAGAAGAGCUGCCACUCAAUAUCCCUUCGCCUGCUGAAGUAGAUCACCUUGAAAGGGCGUUGGAAGACUACAAAACUAGUCUUGUAACUGAAGGACACAUUUAUUGUGGAGAGGACUUGGUCACUGGAUUUUCAGAUGGAAUGGUUAAGAAAAUUGUACAAGAUUGCAAUGUUGAGUUUUCAUAUAGUGGAUUUGUUGCACGAUAUGACUUUCCAAGUCGUCAGAUGGCAUCUGAUGUGUGGUCAAUUUUGUGUACAGCUCUAGGAAGAGAUGCAACAUCGCUACAUGUAAGUGGCCAAUUUUAUAGUGUUGACACUGACUCAGAAGAAUUUGACAUGUGGUCUGACUCUGAAUUUCAGGAAGCAGUGAUUGGAUCCGAUAGUGAAGAUGACUAUUUUUUUUCAUGAAUUUCAUUGGUUGUCCAUCUUUGGGGGCAAUUCCAGGGUUACUCACAUUAUAUUUGUUAUAUAUUUUGAGUUAUAUCUUAAACCUUUUGUUCUCUUAUUACAUGUGUUAGGUAAAAGAUAUUUAGUUACAACAAUGCACCCAUGUAAUAACAGUAUCAAAAACCUAAAAAAACAAGACAUACCGGUACUUUCUUUGAAAUAUUAAAUUACUGAUGUUAAUUUAAUAAUGUAAGAUUAGUGAACAAACAUGAGCAGGGUUGGCAGAAAAUAAGUACCUCGUUUAUUGUACUACUCUCCUAUAAUUAGCAUGCCAUUUUCAUUCCCCAAAACAUAUUCUGGAAUUUUGCAUUUUGACUUUUGGAACUGUGUGAAUUUGGAGAAAUAUGGCAAAUACCGGUAUGUGGUGUGGCACUGGUUUUUAUUUCUUCUUACCCCUAAGUUUUGAUGCAUGAAUUUAGCAAAAGCAAUACUUAAAUAGAUGUGGUAUGAUAUCUUAUGCAGUGAAAACUUGUUAUAAAGAGCUCUGAAUAUAAGGAGACUCCUGAUAUUAAAAAAGGGUAAUUUUUGUGGCCCAAAGGUCCUCGUUAUAGUAAGUUUCAACAGUGCAUACUCAUACAUGUAUUCAUUUUUAACCCCCCCCCCCCCCCCAAAAAAAAAAAGAGAGAAGGAGAGAGAACCAUGUAGCUGCCAGUUUGGGCAUGAAUGUUUUUAGUAUAACAUUUUAUGAAAACUGUGAUUUGAUUUGCAUCAUAAAAAUGUACAAUCUGCAUGGACCACUUGCAAGUUUCUCAAAACUCUACAGAUGUACAUGUAGGUCACAUCAAGGUUGAGUUCCUCUUCUAGUGUUGGUUGAAUAGAGGGAUUAAUAAAUAUGUCUUGGUACAUAUGCUUCUAUCAUUUAUCAGUAAUCUUCUGAACCUUCUGAAAUUUGAGUCAGCAGGGCGGUAUUCCGCAUGUCGCUAACUUGUAUGGCAGGUGAUGCAUGCUAGAGUGUGUUUCUGAAAUUAUCAACUGAUGUAGCUAUUACAGACUGCUGGUCGAGGGUAUUCCAUGCUCGUCCAGUUCUUGGAAAAAAGGAGUAUUUGUAUACGUCCUUUCUGGCAAAGGGGAUUUCUAUUGAGUGAUGGUGGUUUCUUCUUAACCUUGACCCUGUUGAUACUUGUAUGUAGUCCUCUUGCUUUAGGCCCACCUUUCCCUUGUAGAUUUGAUAUGUAUAAAUAUAAUACGUCAAUGCUCGAAUUAUGUUUACAAUGAUGCAAUACCUGUUAUGAACUUAUAUAUCAUGCAAUUCUACUAUGAACAAAAUAAUCUAAAAAUGUGUAUAUUUAUUAUUUAAGAAACCAUUUACAUGUAGUUUGUAAAUACUCUAUGUACAUGUAUAUCAUUCUACGUUCAGUGUAAAUAAUAUAAGUCACUGACUCCCAGGUGCUUAAAUAGUCACCCCUUCCCCUGAACAUGUUGAAGAACACAUCCUAUUUAAGAGGGUCAUUGCAUUUUGUAUACAAAUAAUCUUACAAGGAGGAAUAACAGUGCAUGUACGAAGAAGAUGUACUUUCAUUUAUUUAUUUUUCUUCAAAAUAUGUAUAACUACAUGUAUAAUACGACAAUGCUCGAAUGAUGUUUACAACGAUGCAAUACCUGUUAUGAACUUAUAUAUCAUGUAAUUUUACUAUGAACAAAUCUAAAAAUGUUUAUAUUUAAGAAACCAUUAAGUAUUUAAAUACUCCAUGUAUAUCAUUCUAUGUUCGGUGUAAAUAAUAUUUAUCCGAGUAUAUAGGAAAAACAAUUGAGCCACAAAAUGAUGGUGUAAUUAAUAAUCAUGACCCACAUUCGUACAACAAACUAGUAUUAGUAUCAAAAUCAUGGUUAUAAAAUCAAGCAUAAUGCACUUAUUCAUGGCUACAUUUCUACCAUUUAUACUGGUAUUUAAGAUCGCCAAAGAUAGAAUAGAAUCGGAUUGCCUAUUACCGUUGAGGAAUCUCAGCUUCGUAAUUUUUUUUUUUUCAUUAUUUUGUUAACCAUUUUUGAUAUUUAUGCUUUAUAUGUUUCCUAUGUUGUACUUGUCUUGUAUACCCUGCCAGUGACACAGUUGUGUAUUGUAUACUACAUUGUGUCAUGGACCUGGGUUGAAACGUUUAUACUUCUUUGUUUAUUAUGCUGAAUAAAGAUGAAACAUAUUUGAGGAAAGGA